CCAGCGGCUGUUUUGGUUUAUCCCCCACGACACCUUCGCCAUUGCGCACGAUUGAUUACGGGAUUAUAUCAUCGACACAAUGGGCCAAGGGUCUUCGCAACCUGCUCAUCUUCAAGACCCUGAUCUUGCAGGCCCAGAGUCCGACCAUGAUACAGAUAUGAAUAGCGCAAAAUCCGAUGGAAGCCCUCCCCCGCUCGUAAACAAACCCAACCGCGAAUCACGUCCACCGAAUGGUUCUUUGCCAAAGCGCAAACGCAAGUCGCCUCAGAGCGUCGCAAGCCCCGUCGCAGCCGCAUCCCCAGAGGAUCGCCCGAGCGCAUCGAAGCGGAAACGCGUCGUUGAUAAUUUAGGGAAGGAGAAGACGCCGACACCCAACGGCCAGCGCGACUCGCAGAGGACCCCUGUCAGCCGGAGCUCGGCCGCUCCGCGUCCUGGAUUGCUUUCCAAGGAGGCUAGUGCAGGACGGUUGAACAGGGCUCUGUCGGCGGCUACAAAUGGUGGCUCGCCGGCGCGCAGCACUGUCUCAGAGGGCCUGAAUAAGGGAAGGCUGCAUCGAUCCAAUGGAGAAGCUGGCAAGAACGGGCUUACCGGCGCGUUCAAACCAGAAGAGGUAGAAGCGCUUGAGGAGUUCAAGGUGCGAUUUUGCAACUCGUUUGGGCUCUCAACAACAACGUUCGAUCUCAUCGUGCAACAUGGAAAGGGCCCAUUUCCUGGCCCACCGGGCGUCACCAAGUACACGUUCUGGCAGGAAGUCCAUAGUAUUCUGCCGAAUCGGGACAAGAGAUCUGUGCGCCGGUUUAUGAAGCGUCAUUUCCAAGCCUCUAACCAGAAGCCCCAUGAGUGGACGGAGGAACAAGAAGAUGAACUUGUGGUGCUGUAUCGCCAGCACGGACCUAAAUGGGCCUACAUCUCAGAGCUUUUGGGCAGGAGUAGUGAUGAUAUUGUCCAGAGAUGGAAGAACCGCCUUGAGCAUCGAUCUACGAUGAAUGCUGGACCGUGGUCGGAAGCCGAAUUGGGCCUAUUGAAAAAAGUCCUGCGCGGCGCCUGGUCCAAGAUGCAGGAACAGGGGUACGAUGUAGGGGAUAAUAUUUACGAAAUGGAUGAGUCCUUGAUUUCAUGGGGUCAAGUGAGUGUCGGAAUGAAGCACACUCGAUCAAGACAACAGUGCGCAGACAAGUGGCGCAGGGUCAAGGGGAGUAGGGUGGCGCAAGGAUCCCGGGGUAAUUCUCGAGCGAAUUCUCAGUCACUAUCUCGAAGUGCCACUCCUUUGCAAGCGAAUCGAGCGGGUCACAAGGGGCGAAAGAGCGCCGCCUAUGUGGUUUCUGACGACUCCGACUCCGAUGCAGGGGAUAACGCUGAUAAUGAGAAGGAUGCUGCCGAGAAUUCAAGACGAGAGACACCGGCUAGCAAGAGAUUGAAUAGACCGAAGAAGAUCGAGUCCAAAGAGGAACAAUCGGAGUCUAGCUCUGAAUCAGACUCGGAGUCUGAAUCCACUACAUCAAACAAAAAGCCGAGGGAGAAGGGUAGUACACGGGAAAGCAAAAAAGCCUCUUCGACAUCGUCCGAAGAAUCCGAAUCGAGCUCAGACUCAGACUCGGACUCGGACUCGGAAUCUGAGUCAACUGAAAACAAUAAGACCAAACCGACCUUACAAAAGCACAAAGGACCAAAGGUGGCGGAUCUUUUAAAGAAAGAAGCCAGCUUUGAUGAAUCCGACGAUUCGUCUUCAGAAGAAAGCGAAAGUGAAAACGACAAUGAAAGCCCAGACAGAAUCCCAGCUACUCCUUCCCCAGAACCAACGACAGAAGAAACAUCGAAAGGCGCCAAGCGGAAGCGUUCGAACAGUGCCACAGUGGAGACAGAAGAAACAGGCGACAAGCGUGUGAAAGUGAAAAAGGAACGCAGCCCUACACCAUCUGCGGUUGUGGCCCCCGAGCACGAGAGCGAGAGCCAGGGUGAAAGCAAGGAGCAGGAUGCUAAAAUGCUCAAACGAGAGGACGCAACCGAGUCCGAGACAAGCUCCGAGAGCGAGAGUGAAAGUAACGAAAAGGAUGCAAAGAAAAGAGGGGGCAGCAGCGAGUCCGAAACAAGCUCCGACUCUGAUUCUGACAGCUCUUCGGAGCCUAGAGCAGCUGAUGAGGUCGACAGCGAAAAUACGCCUAUUAAACGAGACUCUGAGCCAGAGGAGGUCGAAAUGAAGACCAAUUCGCUGUCGGAUUCGGAUGCGGACUCUACAAGUUCAAGUGAUUCAGAGGAUGAGCCCAGCAGGGAUGAACCCAAGGUCACUGGGGCAGAGCCAGCCGGUGCUCAUGUUAUCAAAAAAGAAAAUGACAGCGACUCGAGCAGCGACUCAACAUCCAGCUCUGAUUCUGAUUCUGACUCGGACUCGGACUCGGACUCAGACUCAGAAUGAACUGGUUGGAUUGAUCACGAUUUGAUAUGUUUAAGAUACCAUUUAUGUUGAAUUUUAUGCUUCAUCGAAGAAGUUCGCUUGCCAUGUGUAUAUUAUAUAUAUUUCUCAAUAAAAGAACAGGCAGAAAGCCGUGUCAAGGCAGUUCUUGUAUCUAACCCCCUGUCCAUA